AUGGGGAUAUUCAAGAGAAGCAAUGCCAAUGCUGGCACGCAAGAAGAGAUUGUCGCAAGCUCUAGCUCUGCAUCGCCAGAGCGGGUGGAUGGUGCAGCAAAAGAUAUCGAGACCGUACACACUGAAACCGGUUCCAUAGGAGAGGAUCAAGCACCGAAAUGGAAAGCUCCAAAGUCUGGCGACGCCGAUGCCGCCAUGGCUCUGUUCAACUCGCCGAGCGAACUCCACGAGCCCAUCGAUCCUGACGAAGAGAAGAAACUCGUGCGCAAGAUCGACUUCAUGAUUCUUCCUUACCUCGCCGUCUGCUACGCCUUCUUCUACAUCGACAAGACCACACUGUCGUACGCAGCAAUCUUCGGUAUUCGAGAAGAUCUCCAUCUCGUUGGAACGCAAUACUCGUGGUUGAGUAGUAUCUUCUACUUCGGAUUCUUGGCCUGGGCAUUACCCACGAAUUUGCUUCUACAAAGACUCCCAGUGGGCAAAUACCUCGGAUUCAAUAUCUUCCUAUGGGGUUUCUUCCUGAUGCUGCAGGCAGUAGCCAAGAACUUCGCUUCACUUGCCGUGCUGCGAGCCUUCGCUGGCGCCGCAGAAGCCUGUUCAGACCCAGCAUUCAUGCUCGUGACCGCCAUGUGGUACACUCGUCGCCAACAACCCAUCCGCAUGGGCCUCUGGUACACCGCCAACGGCUUCGGCAUCGCUCUAGGCGGUCUCCUCGGCUUCGGAAUCGGCAACAUCAAAGGCUCCCUCCCAUCCUGGAAAUACGAAUUCAUAAUCAUCGGCGCCCUCUGCUGCGUCUGGGGCAUCGUCAUGUUCAUCUUCCUCCCCGACAGUCCCGUCACAGCCAAAGGCCUCUCACAACGAGAAAAACGCAUCGCAGUCGAGCGCAUGCGAAACGACCAAACUGGCAUCGAAAACAAACAUUUCAAAUGGUACCAAGUCCGCGAAACGUUCCUCGAUCCCAAACUCUACCUCUUCUUCCUCCUCGGUAUGGUCUGCAAUAUCCCCAACGGCGGAAUCUCGAAUUUCGGAACUAUUAUCAUCAAAGGUUUUGGCUUCUCGACUCUCGUCACUACACUUAUGCAAAUCCCUUACGGUUUCAUCAUCGCGGUUAGCAUUCUGGUCUGCGUGUAUUUGAACGAUUACAUGUCGCGAAAAGGAAGACAAACGAGAUGUUAUUUCAUCUUAUUAUUCCUCCUGCCAAACAUCGCCGGAGCUUUUGGUUUGAGAUUCUUACCACAGAGUCAUCGAGGAGGGAGAUUGGCGUGUUAUUAUCUUACGGGACCGUAUAAUGCGGCUUUCUGUAUGAUUUUAUCCUUGACGACGGCGAACACGGCUGGGCAUACGAAGAAGGUUUUGACGAAUGGGGUGUUGUUUCUUGGGUAUUGUACGGGGAAUAUUGCUGGACCAUUUUUCUACAAAACGGAUCAGAGUCCGAGGUAUGAGCUGGGGAUUUGGUCGAUGAUCGUUAGUCAUCUUCUUGAAUUCAGUAUCGUUGUCGUUUUGCGAGUCAUGUUGAGUAGAGAGAACGCGAGACGGGAUAGGAUUCAAAGUUUGCAGGAAGGAGGUUUGGAAGGGAGGGAUCUUGAUGCUACGGCGUUUAAUGAUUUGACGGAUCGGGAGAAUAUGAAUUUUCGGUAUAUUUAUUAG